AUGAUGGCAUUUGAGAACACCGCUAAGCGGCCAUCAACGAAGGAUACGAUAAAUCCUAUAGAGGCCAAAAAACGGAAAGUGGAGUUCGCAAACGACGUUACUCUAUACCCAUUAGUAAAUAACGCAGAAGAACGCCACAAUGGCAAUGAACCUGAUAAUGAUGUUGCUGCUUUUUCAUCUGUGCUAUAUAGUCGAUAUGUCCAUUCUGCACUAGCUGCUCUUGUUAAGAAGGACACGAAUCCAAUCAAUGUAAUUGCUAACCAAUUGGCACUCCCAGCAAAGAGUUCUGAUGGUAUCAAACCUGAAAACCUCAACAUCCUGUUGGAUGCUCUAUCCAGCAAUAUCAACAGCAUAGACUCCUCAAAGGGCGCUGCGCUGAUACAGGCGUUGAUAAAUUUCGAUAGCUGGUGGAACCUACCCAACCUAAGCUUGAACAAGUAUAUUAGUUUCAUCAGAAUUCUUUGCUCUAGUAUACCCAAAUGGUGGCAAGAUGUAUCACAUAACUUAAUUUCGAAUUUCGGUGAGCUUCCAUUGGAAGAGACGAAAUUCAAGCACCAUGAGCUGUUGAACUACUUCAUCAAAGUUAUCCCGAGCUCCAUGGGGUUUAUUGACUCUUAUCUGGUCAGGUUUUUCCCCAACAAAAAUGCUGGGCGUAAAAAUCUAAUCAACUACACAUCCAACGUCUUAUACCUAACUAGUUAUUGUAGGGAGCUGCGGUUUCAAGUAUGGUCGUUGAUUGUCGAGAAGGCAAUUUCAAUUGAUGUCGAGCUACAGAAUGAGUUAGAUGAGAUGGAUGAUGACAUCGAUGACAGCGAUCUAAGUGAAGAUGACGACGACGACGACGACGACGAGGAUGAUGAGGAUGAUGAUGAUGAUGAUGCUAUGAGCGACGUUGAAGGCGCUGGUAAAUCAAGUAUUGAGAAGGGGAUGGGCAGUAAAACGACUGCUGAAGAAAACGAGGGCGACCUCUUUGACCCGAUAGAGAUGGAGGACGAUGAGCAGUACAAUGUUGAAGUUACGCAGAGUAUCAAGGAGUUAUCUAGCAAGCUGGAUGAUAUUCUGGCGUUGGUAAGUAACUAUAUCACUAGAGAGGUAACGCCUGAGACUCUUGAACUAGGUGAAGGUAUCGAUGUGUUUAAUACCUUGACCACCCUGUUCAAAACACACGUUUUACCAACGUAUUACACGAGGUCUGUCCAAUAUAUCAUGUUCCAUGUCUCCCAGCAGCAGUUGGAGUUGAUGGAUUCGUUUUUGGUUACGUUAAUUGAUAUCUCUUUCUCUCCCAAUGAGACCGUGGAAAAGAAGAUCAAGUCUCUGCAGUAUCUAGGGUCGUAUAUUGCCCGUGCCAAAAAACUAUCCAGAACACAGAUUAUUUUUGUGGCCAGUUACCUUACAUCGUGGCUGAACAGAUACGCUAUUGAACGAGAGGAGGAAGUGAACCAGCCAGGUGGUAUGGAGAGGUUUAAACAUUUCUACGCGGCAUUUCAGGCGCUCUGCUACGUUUUCUGUUUCCGCAGAGACAUGUUCAGAGACCUUGACGGGAACUGGGAAUGCGAACUGGACAAAUUUUUCCAAAGAAUGAUCAUCUCAAAGUUCAAUCCACUGAAAUACUGUAACGAAAACGUAAUGCUCAUGUUUGCGAGAAUCACGCAACAUGAAGACAUCGCGUACUGUUUCAGCAUCAUCGAAAAUAACAACCACGAAAGGUUAAGGGGCAUUGUGGGCAAAGCUGAUUUGAGCAAGACAGGCACCGCCGAGAUCAGCAGCUCUAACGGCUCCGCAUCCACGCCAACCUGGUCGCUGGCGACGAGACAACAGUUCAUCGACCUACAGAGCUACUUCCCCUACGACCCUCUAUUUUUGAAAAACUACAAAGGUAUAAUGAGAGACUAUUUCAUAGAGUGGAGUGAGGUAAGUGGAGAUUUAGAAAGUGACCAUGAUUCUGACGAUUAA